ACGGCUCCUCGCUUCAUCAUUACAAUCAGCUGAGAGCAGGACGUACCUUAGCCGUUCCGUGACCGCGGGACAGCCGCUAAAAUCUGGGACUGUUCCGCCGGAUCUGCGACAGUUGGGAGAUCUGCAGGACCGAAGAUGACGCUCCGGCUUCUAACGUGGGACGUGAAAGACACUCUUCUCCGUCUCCGUCUUCCCGUUGGUCAGCAGUACCAGGCCGAGGCCAAAAGCAGAGGCCUUCAAGUUGACUCCGCCGCCCUGGAAUCUUCCUUUCGACAAGCGUACCGCGACCACUGCCGUCUCUUCCCCAACUAUGGCCUGUCCCAGGGGAUGACCUCCCACCGGUGGUGGCUGGACGUGGUGUCUCAGACCUUUUGCCUCGCCGGCAUCCAGGACAAGAAGAUCCUUCAACCCCUGGCCGAGAAACUCUACCAAGAUUUCAGCACCGCCAAGUACUGGGAGGUGCUACCAGGCGCCCGCGAGGUGCUGAAAGAAUGCGGUGAACUGGGCCUCAAGAUGGCGGUGAUCUCCAACUUUGACCGGAGGUUGGAGGACAUCCUCAGGCAGGUUGACUUAGACGGACAUUUUGAUUUUGUGCUGACCUCCGAGAGGGUCGGGGUGGCUAAACCAGAUUUAGGUAUUUUUCACAAGGCCCUUAAGCUGGGGGGCGUGCCGCCGCAGGGCGCCGCUCACGUCGGGGACGACUAUGUGAACGAUUAUAAGGCGGCAAGAGAAGCCGGGAUGCUGAGCUUCCUCCUCCUCCAGGGCCGUCUCAGGGACGACGUCCCUCCAGAUCACGUGAUCCAGUCCCUGGAUCAGCUCCUCCCCAGACUACGAGGGGCUAUGAAAUAACAGGGGGGGGGGGGCUCAUAAUUCACUCGUCUUAAAGGGGUUCUCCAAUAAAUCCAAGCAAUCAAA